AUGGAUCCCCAAAAAGAACAUCAUCAGCGAAGGCGCCGCCUUAAGCGGGAGUUUGCAGAGAUGAACGAAGACCCUAUUGCUACUCCGCAGUUGAUGCACAAAGACAUGCAGGAGUCUGAGGAGCCUGACAUCUCGAGAAGCCAGCAUCAAGCUGGAGAUGCUCCAGUCAAAACACCAGAUUAUGAACAAGUGAAAGAGUGGUUGACCAAGGUUGAGAAGUAUGAGCCUGGUUUGAUAGCUGGUCUUGAAGACCAGAAGGUAGCUGUUUAUGACGAUAAGAAACCAUCCACUGAGGACAUCGAUAUGCCCCUGGCCCCCAAAGUCGACCCAAGUGAGGCAUCGUUCAAGGCUGAGAAGCCUGAUCCUGAUUUGCCAGCUGGUCUUGAAGAUCAGAAGGCAGCUACUAGAGUCAAUCAGAAAAAACCCUUCAAGGAUACCGAGAUGCUGUUGGCCCCUAAAAUCGACCUAGUUGAGCCAUUGGCCAAGGUUGAAAAGGCUGAUUCCGAUUUGGCAGCCAGAAUUGGCGAACAGAAUUCCGCUACUAGUACCAAACAAGAGCCAUGUCGCGAGGAUACCGAGAUGCCCCUGGCUCCCAAAAUUGAUUCACUUGAGUCAACGAUCAAGAUCGAAAAGUCUGACCCUGAUUUGGCUAGUAUCGGCGAACAGAAUGAUACUACUAGCGGCCAACAAGAUCCAUAUUGCGAGGACGUUGACAUGUCAUCAGCUCCCAAAAUCAACUCGAAUGAGCCGACAGCCAAUUCUAACCUCUCUAACUGCGAGCGUAAUCUCACGCCGUUUGAUUCCAAAGAUUCUUUGGAAGAGAAACGUACUCUGGGCUCCGUUGAGUCUUCGGACACAAAACCACAAGGCCAGCUCUGCAUCUCCUGUUUCAAGAAAUGGGGAAAGCUACUGAAGCCCGGAGAAAAGCUACUGGAUUGUCAAACUUUCCAUGGAAAAUAUACCAGCUGUGGACACUGUGUCCGGCGACAUUCUGCAUGUGUGCUACUCACACCUAAUCUGAUAAGAGACCUGUUACGACUGAAGCACGAGAUGAACAAUGCCUUGGAUAAAGGGGAGGUCGCUGAAGAAAAGAAACGAUUCUACGAUGUUUACCAGAAUGUAUCCGAGAAAAUUGCGCACUUGGACGUUGAGAAGGCAGAAAAAGUCAAAAAAUAUCGCCAACAAUACUACAAGAAGAACCCAGAUAAGAUCAAGGAAUGGCAACGAGUAUAUCGACAGAAUGAUGCAGAUGAAAUCAAGCCAAAAAACCAGAAAUAUCGACGGAAGAACAAAGAAGAAAUCAAUCUAAAAAGCCACAAACGGUGCCCCAACAACCCAGAUAAACUGAAGGAAUCUCAACGAGUAUAUCGACAGAAGAACGCAGAUAAAAUCAAGCUAAUAAACCAGAAAUAUCACCGAGAGAACAGAGACACAGUCACGGAAUAUCAACAGAAGGACAGAGAAAAGAUCAAACUAAGAAGACGAGAAUGGCGACAGAAGAACAAAGAAACAAUCAAUCUAAAAAGCCGCGAACGCUACCACAACAACCCAGACAAACUGAAGGAAUCUCAACGAGUAUAUCGACAAAAGAACCCAGAUAAAAUCAAGCUAAAAAACCGAAAAUGGCAACGGAAGAACAAAGACAAAGUCAAGGAAUAUCGACAAAAGAACAAAGAAAAAAUCAAACUAAAAAGCCACGAACGCUACCAUAACAACGUAGAUAAACUGAAGGAAUAUCAACGAGUAUAUCGACAGAAGAACAAAGAAAGAAUCAAUCUAAAACGCCGCGAACGCUACCAUAACAACCCAGAUAAACUGAAGGAAUAUAAACGAGUAUAUCGACGGAAGAACAGAGACAAAGUCAAGGGAUAUCAACGAGAAUAUGGGCAGAAGAACGCAAACAAAGGUAAGCCAACAAAACGAGAGUAUUAUCAGAAGACCAAGCUCAGAAGACUAGAACAGAGGUGUGAGAUAAAAAGUCUGUCAACGCAUAAAUCAGAGGCCGAACCUAAGCCAAGAAAGCUCAAGCAGGAGAGUCAGAUCAAGCAGGAGAGUCAGAUCAAGCAGGAGAGUCAGAUCAAGCAGGAGAGUCAGAUCAAGCAGGAGAGCCAGGUCAAGCAGGAGAACCAGGUUAAGGAAGAGGUCUAG